AUGCGUUCCUCUCUCGUUCUGCUCGCCGGUCUGGCGGGCUCGGCUCUCGCUUACCCUACCGAUAUGGCCGUUGAGCGCCGUACUUUCGGUCUCCCCGCUGAUAUCCUCGGCAGUGUUUCCGAUAUCACCGUCAACGUGACGUCCAUUCCAGGCGCCGUCCUCGGUGGCGGACACCACAGCCACUCUUCUUCUCUCGUUGCUGGUCUCGGAGCCGAGGGUGCUGCCGCUCUUCAGGGUGGUGCCUUGGGUUGCAAGGCUGGUGUCAUUCAGGCCGAGGCCCGUGCUGCCCUGAAGGUCUGGCUGCACCUCCACGCCGACCCUGAGGCUUCUUUGACAACUUCCCUGAUCUCCUGGUGUGAGGGUGACGAUGAGAUCGUCCUCUCCGCUGAUGUCUUGGCUGCCCUUGCCGUGUACAUCCCCUCGUGUGCUGAUAUCGCCGCCAAGGGUCAGCUAUACGUUACCAUUGAUGGUAUAUUCGGUGCCUCCUCCCUCGAGUCUGUUCUCGUCCUGAGUGCUUCCCUGCAGUCCUCUCUCUCUGCUUGGAUUGAGGCCGCUGUUGGCCUUGAUAUUGACGUCAAGGCCGGUCUCAAUGCCUGCGCUGCUGGUGGCAUUGUCACUAGUAUGACUGCUGAUGUCAAGGCUAGCCUCCUCGCCUGGAUCAACGGUUCCAACUGUGAUCUCAGCGCUGAGCUCAAGGUCUCCGUUCUGGCCUGGAUCAACGGCCACCAUGGCCACGGUCUCGUUGAGAUCGGUACCCUUGGUGAGGCUGCUCUCUCUAUCGUCUCUGUCGGUGCUUCCGUCGGCGUUCACGUCGAGGAGUCCGGUAUUCUCUCCGUUGGAGGCCAGGCCUCCCUCGCUGCCUUCCUCGGUGCCGACGUCUCUGCCGACCUCAGUGUCGAUGUCCAGCUCGCUCUCGAGGCCUGUGCUAAGGGCAAGCUCGCCACUGCUGUUGAUCUCGACAUUCGUACCAAGCUCGCUAUCUGGCUCUCCGGCUCCGGCUGCUCGCUCGGUGUCGAACACAAGGCCGUCGUUCUCUUCUGGCUGUCCUUCGGUGUUGAUGCCUCCGUCUCCGUUGACCUCGUCAGCGGUGUCCUUUCUGAUGUGACUGGUCUCACCGAGCUCCUCUCCAGCCUCAGCGUCGACCUCCGUGCUGCCCUCUCCGUCAUCCUUUCCGGUGGCAGCCUCGAGUCUAUCUCACUGUCUGCUCGCGCUGAGCUCGCUGCCUUCAUCGGUGGUUGCACUGGCCUUGAGAUUGACGUCAACAUCCAGCUCAUUAUCAUCGAGUGGUUCACUGGUUGCUCCAUUCCCGGUGCUCCCUCCGGCAUCAAGUCGUCUUGGGUCCCCAGCGUGCCUUCCAGCACCUCCUACGUUUUCAGCACUGGUAUCCCCUCCGGUCCCGGCACCAGCGCCUCGGUCUCCAUCCCUAGUGGCCCUGCUCCCUCCAGAUCUUCUUCCUCCGGUGGUGCUUCCGGCUCUGCUCCCUCUGGGGUCAGCCCAACUGGUUCCGUCCCCAGCGGCCCCGGCGCUAGCGUCUCUGUCUCUGUUCCUGCCGGGCCUGCUCCCAGUGGCUCUUCUCCUUCCGGUUCUGAAACCACCCCCUGUGAUACCCUCACUGGCGUUGACGUUUCCAGCACUGUGGUCCCCGGUAUGCCCGCUCCCUCCGGUGGUGCCUCUGGUUCUUCUCCCUCUGGUGUCAGUCCUACCGGCACUCCCGUCGCCCCCGGUGCCGGUGAGAGCACCACCCCCUGUGACACCCUGACCAGCGAGGAGAUCUCCAGCACCGUUAUCCCCGGCAUGCCCGCUCCCUCCGGUGGUGCUUCCGGCCCCGCCCCCUCCAACACCGACGUCAGCCCUACCGGCACUGCCGUCCUCCCCAGCGGACCCGCUGCCACCGGCGGCUCGUGGACUGAGAGCUGGGCUUACACCCAGACCAAGGAAACCACCAUCUCCGCCACUGUUCCUUGCGAGACUAGCUCUGGCAGCGUCCCUGCCAUUACCCCCUGGCCGUGGCCUCUUCCGUCACUACCGUUACCGCUACCGUCACCGCCACCGUUUGUGGCUGCGACGAGUAAACGGAACAAUACACUUUGUUUCUCAACUCAUACCCACUGA